AUGCCAAGCUCAUCACACCCCUCCCACUUGCCCACGGCCCCUAGACGCUGCUCCUCAGCUUCCCCUGUGCGCCGCACAUGCUUGCCCUCGUGGGGACCGCGCAUCAAGCCAGCAUUGCCACCACCACCACCACCACCACCACCACCACCACCACCACCACCACCACCACCACCACCACCACCACCACCACCACCACCACCACCACCACCACCACCACCACCACCACCACCACCACCACCACCACCACCACCACCACCACCACCACCACCACAGUGUGCAUCCCCUGUGCAUCCCCCCCUUGUGACCCCCCCCCUCCCUGCGGCACCACACCCCUCCAAUUAG